CUCUUUAGAUCAAUAUGGGGAACUAUAGAGUUCAAGGGUUUGCAAGUCUACACAAGCUUGCCAUUGUAGCCUUCUUUGUUUCGAUGCUGCUUAUGCCGUCGUUGGCAUCACUGGAAGUGGGUUACUAUCGAUCAACUUGCCCGAUGGCAGAGAAGAUCGUGAGACGGACUGUAGUGAAAGCCGUAGCCGGAGAUCAUGGGUUGGCUGCUGGUCUAAUAAGGCUGUAUUUCCAUGACUGCUUUGUUAGGGGCUGUGAUGCUUCAGUUCUGCUGGAUCCACUACCCAACAACCCAUCAGAAAAACUGAGCCCGGUCAACAAUGGUAGCCUCCGAGGUUAUGAGGUGAUCGACGACGCCAAGGCCGAGCUCGAAGCCUACUGCCCAGAAACCGUCUCGUGCGCCGAUAUCAUUGCCUUCGCCGCCCGUGACAGCACCUUCAUAACCGGUGGCUUCGACUACUCCGUCCCCUCCGGUCGGCGCGACGGCGUGGUCUCAAUUGAUUCUGAAGUCGUUCAGAACCUCCCCUUCCCUACAUUCAAUGCAAAACAACUCAUACGAAACUUCGCCCGCAAGGGCCUAUCAGCCAAAGACAUGGUGACCUUAUCGGGGGCUCAUUCCAUUGGUGUCUCCCAUUGCUCUUCCUUCGAUAGCCGACUCUAUAGGUUCAAUGCUACCCACCCACAAGACCCCUCCUUGAACCACCACCUUGCCACCUUCUUGAAAGCAAGGUGCCUUCCUCCUUCCAAGACUGUUAGGACUCAGCCAGCGCCAACGGUGCCGUUGGAUAUCAAAGCGCCAAAUCAUUUGGACGUCAAGUACUAUAAAAAUUUGUUGAAGGGGAAAGGGUUGCUGACAUCGGAUCAAACGCUGGCUAGCAGCAGGUCGACGCUUAGAUUGGUGAUCGAUCAUGCGAGAAAUCCUUCGAAAUGGAACGAGGAGUUUGCGGCGGCCAUGGUGCGCAUGGGCAACGUCGACGUGCUCGCAGGGAAUGAAGGGGAGAUAAGGAAGAACUGCAGGGUGGUGAAUGAUUAGGAUAUACAGGAGAAAACCAUGCAGGAUUUAUAUGAGUGAAGUGUUUGUUUCAGUCCUUUGUUUGUUCCUUAAUUUGUCUUCAGUCUGAUGUCGUGUCUUAUUAAUUUGUAUUUGAUGUUUCCUUUGUAUGCUGCAAAAUUCAUGGGCAUGAGUGAUAAAAGCCAAAAUUGUACGAACCGUUUGAUAUACAUAAUGGGUUUUUGCUAGAA